AUGUCGGAUUGUGAUGAACCGGCACGUCGCCGUGUACGGGUGGAGCCUGAUAUCCCACACGACUUCAGUGCUCUUCCGAUUGUUCAGGAAAUGAUCACAGAGAAUAAUCUCCAGACUAAAUUAAAACGACGACUAAAGCCAUCUGACUUUAUUAAUGAAGUCUUUGUAAAGUUGGCAAAUAUGGGAAUUACGGAAUUAUCCGCAGUGUCUAUGCUCUCUCAAUUCCUUAAAGAAUGUGUUGAAAAGCACAAAACGCUUCCUCGUAGCUCAACCAUUGCCAAAGUUCUUUAUCUUUGGACAGAAAAGGGAAUGUUGGAAAGUGGGGAAAUGUUAAUGCGACAGAUAUUACAGGCGGAGUCUUCACUGCACAUGAAUGUUGUUGAUGAAAAAGUCGCUACUGUCUCUAUUCGAUUACUUACUCGAUGUGUAAAUGUCGAUAUUGAUUUAGCAGAAAAAAUGCUUGCCAUGUUACCGGUAGGAUCUCACAAAAGACGAGUUUUUUUUCCUCUUCUUGAGCAUGCCGCGAAAACAAAUGAUAUUGAAUUGGCCCUUAAGAUCCUGCGACUUGGACGAGCAAAAGGUGUGGAGUUUUGGGAUGUGGAUUAUCAUCAAUUACUCUCUUCUCUAAAGAACAACACGCAGGACAGUUCUACUGCUGUUGCCUUACGUGAUGAAUUGAUGCAGAGUAUGAUAGAUCACCACCCAGUUGUAGGUAAAAGUAAUGGAGAGAUAUUGCAAUCUCUCAUGGGAGGUGAGAUGACAAAAGUGGAUGAUAAAACUGGGGAAUGUAAACGUUGUGGAACGAUGCUGCGUACAUUUGAUUUUGAGGCAACAGAUCGUGAUACUCUUCUAAAUGAUAUUGAAACUAAACUUAUCGCCCCACGAGUGGAAGGUGCGAGUCGGUAUGAACCAGAAAGAAUGGUGACACCAGCAGAGAAGGAACGACGAUGGCAAGAGUUUGAGAAUUUCAAGUCAAAACUUGCAGAGUGUGAUUAUGAUACCGUUAUUGAUGGAGCCAAUGUUGGAUAUUAUGGUCUCAGUAGAUGGUACAGAGAAGCGAAGGAAAAAGUACUCCGUGAUCGUGGAGUUGAUUUAAAGACUGUACCGGAGUAUCAACUUUGUGAAAUUCCAAUGCCAGUCGAUGUCCCUCCGAGAUUUUCUCUUAUUGAUGAAAUGUUAAUGCAAACACGACGAAUAGGAAAAAAACCUUUGGUGAUGUUGCAUAAUCGUCAUAUAGAAUCUCCAUCUGCAGAGAAUGUGGAGUGGCUUUCAAAAUGGAAGAGUGAUUCAUCCUUGAUUGCUUGUCCAGGUUUUAUUAAUGAUGACUAUUGUUGGUUAUAUGCAGCUAUUCGAAAACCAAAUUGUCUUUUCGUCUCAAAUGAUCAAAUGCGUGAUCAUCAUUUUAUGCUGCUUAGUCAACGUUCAUUUUUGCGUUGGCGCCAACGACAUCGUGUAACGUAUAGGGCCCUUUAUCAACGUUUAACAGGAGCGGCGACGUUAAUAGUUGCUCCUCCGAGACCGUAUGCUGUUUGGGUGCAACGGGGACGACUCUCGUCCUCUCAUUGGCAUAUUCCUAUUCUCACUUCUGUUAACAUUAUUGAUCAGGCGACAAAUCAUGGAAACCAGAACGAAGUUGAAAUGGAUAAGGAUGGAGAUGACUCAUGUGAUGCAUGGCUUUGCACUGCUGAUAAGGAUCUCCUUAAUCGAAACGACUAG